GGCUCAGUGAGGGUUACCGACGGGUGCUGUCUGGAGCCUUUUUGUCAAUGAGGACAACUCUAAACUUGCGUAAAAAUGAUCUUAAAAGCAACACUGGUUUUCUUCAGCGGCGACCUGACGUUAGUUGUGAAGUAAACGUAGGAAUCUUUUUUUUUUUUUUUUUUUUAACAAAUCCCAUUAAUUUGUCACAGUUACUUCGUCGCCUUAAUGCAUCUGUCAGAUUCACAUCUGCUUCACAACUAAAGCGAACAUUAGUGUAGUAAUAGAUAGAAACUUUACGUUUUAUUAUUAUUAUUUUUAAGUGCCCAACGAAACAUGAUACAUGUUUUCAGUUUACUGCGAAGUGACAUAUUUCACUGAACACAAUAUUUGCGCUUGAACUCUGUGCAGACGGUGUUGAACUGAAUCGAAAAAGCCGACUAUUUUCUUUAGUGUCUUCACUGUGUAUCUCGGUCAGAUUUACCACGUAGCUCCAUCUUCGUCAAAACUGUUUAGCCGAUACUUCUGCCGUUUUUGAUGUCCUGAGAGAAAAAGGAAAGUUGAGCAUGAUGAGGGACACCGCUUUAUUGUGAAAACGAAAUUUAAAGAUCUAAAAAUAAAGCGUCGGUUUCUACUCCACAAAGAAUCAUUUGAACUUCCUACCGCAGAAGGAGCAGGACAUAAAUAGUUCUGACAUGUGGAUGUAAUUUCAGAAAAAAGGCAGACAGAUGCAGAGAAAUAAAACGCGAGCGGGAGAGAGAGACUGGGAACAGUUUGAAUCGAGCUGCAGAUCUGUGACAAGACGCAAACAUCACAGAAAUCCCAUUCAAGCUCACAUCAAUUUGCGUGAAAUUGUCGGGAUGGGAGCCACGCUGAUCGUGAUCACUUUGGGUUUUGUCUUUUGCGGCACCUUGCUGAGUUUCGUCUAUGGUUUGGUUGAUGCUGAUGAUGUCCUCACUAAAGAAGAACAAAUCUCUCUUCUGUUAAUCGCUAGACGGAAAUGUGAGCAAGGCAUCAAGUCCAAACAUAAAAUUACUGAGGGUUACUGCAUACCGGAGUGGGAUGGCAUUGUUUGCUGGCCCGAGGGACUUCCUGGAAGGAUGGUGUCCACUGCCUGCCCGGAUUACAUGCAUGACUUCGACCACAAAGGACAUGCUUACCGCCGCUGUGACAUCAAUGGGACCUGGGAGCUGGCGUCAAAUAACAACAAAACCUGGGCCAAUUACACUGAGUGCGCCAAAUUCCUCCCUCAUUAUAACUACAGCCAAGAGAGGGAGGUCUUUGACAGACUUUACCUGAUCUACACGGUGGGCUACUCCAUCUCUCUGGGAUCACUUAUGGUGGCGACAGUCAUCCUAGGAUACUUUCGACGGCUUCACUGCACCAGAAACUACAUCCACAUGCACUUGUUUGUAUCGUUCAUGUUGAGGGCCAUUAGUAUAUUUGUGAAAGACGUGGUGUUGUACUCGGGUGCCGCGCUGCAGGAAAUGGAGAACAUCACUGUGGAAGAUCUCAAAUCCAUCACAGAAGCCCCUCCUGCCAACAAAACCAAGUUUAUUGGCUGCAAGAUGGCUGUGACUCUCUUCUUGUACUUCUUGGCGACUAAUUAUUUCUGGAUUCUGGUGGAAGGCCUGUACCUGCACAGCCUUAUCUUCAUGACCUUCUUCUCAGACAGGAAGUACCUUUGGGGCUUUACUCUGAUUGGCUGGGGUGUUCCUGCGAUGUUUGUAACCAUCUGGGCCAGUGUGAGAGCCACUCUUGCUGACACUGAGUGCUGGGAUUUAAGUGCAGGAAAUCUUAAAUGGAUUGUGCAGAUCCCUAUUUUGACAGCAAUUGUUGUCAAUUUUUUGUUGUUCCUGAAUAUAAUCAGAGUCUUGGCAACCAAACUUAGAGAAACAAAUGCAGGAAGAUGUGACACCAGACAACAGUAUAGAAAGCUGUUAAAAUCGACGCUGGUCCUAAUGCCGCUCUUUGGGGUUCACUACAUUGUGUUCAUGGCAAUGCCCUAUACAGAAGUGUCUGGGGUGCCGUGGCAAAUCCAGAUGCAUUAUGAAAUGCUCUUUAACUCAUUCCAGGGAUUCUUUGUUGCAAUUAUAUAUUGCUUCUGCAAUGGAGAGGUCCAAGCAGAGAUCAAGAAGUCCUGGAGUCGGAGGACGCUCGCUCUGGACUUCAAGAGAAAAGCCCGGAGUGGCAGUAACACGUACAGCUAUGGACCCAUGGUGUCUCACACCAGCGUCACUAAUGUGACCGCACGGGGCCCUCUGGCCCUGCACCUCACCAGCCGUCUGGGGCCCGUCUCCCUCAACGGCCACCGAAACCUCCCGGGAUACGUGAAGAACGGCUCGGUCUCUGAGAACUCAAUCCCGUCCUCGGGUCACGAGCUCCAUACACAAGAGGAAGAACCUUCAAAGAGCUUCCAAGUGGAAAAAACCAUCCCGGUGGUGGAGGAGGAAAGAGAAACGGUCAUGUGACUUCACAAACCUUAAUAAAGACCAUGUUUCUCAGGAUUUCCUCACAAUCUGCGUUGUGGGACCUUCUCAGAUGUACAGUUGGAGACACGGUGUCUGACCUAAUGGACCAGAUUUGAUCCGUGUCUUUUAAAUGAGCCACAAGUUCUUUCAAGACUUUCAAGCCAUCUUCAUCAGCAGCAUUCAGAGGAGGACAACACAUUUUGGUUUUAAACUGUGAACAUACAACGCGGGUGCUUUCAGGUUGUCACAUCACCUCCUUAAAUGAAGAACGGUGAGCUUGCUUCAGGAUCAAGUUACAUGAAAUAUAUGGCACUGUGGGCCGUGAAUUGUAAAUAAGAUACUCAUGAUAUAUAUAAAAAUGUUUUUAAUAUAAUGUUAUUUACAGAUGCAACUGCCAGUAGGGACACUCUUUGUGUUAUGAUAGCAGGUCUUUGUUAGUAGAAUGUGAUAUUUCUAUGUCUCUAAGACUUUGAGAGACUGUCUCGUUUAUCUACGCGUUUAUUCAGCAGAUUUGCCAAAUUUUGCCAGACUGUCUUUUUUUCUUCAUGAGUCUGACAGUGAAAAACAAAAGUGAACUCCCUCUGAAUCAGUGUAGAUUUAUACAGUACAAGCUUGUAUUAUUGCCAGUGGUGAAACAUCAAAGCAUGUUGUUAUGAGGCCAGACUAUUAUUAUUCAUCUUUUUUCCCCCUGUAAGUCCGGAGGUGGACAUUUUAAAUUGAAUUUGUCUGACUUCCUGCUAUUUUUGGUUGUACAGAACAUCUGGUUCUGCUGCUUGAUAUUGCAGAUUGGUGUGUUUUACCAUAUUUUUGAAUGUAUUAUCUUAAUUAUGAACACACUGGUUCCCUACAGUGGCUAAGUAACCAGAAGUCUCGCACAUUCACAGAAAACAGCUUACUUUCGUUUUGAAAAAUAAGGUGCAUACUAAGCAUAAAAGAUCAUAUUUUCUGUAUUUUAUUUUUUGGUGUCAUUUUUGGCUGCCUUAACCAUUGCAUUAACCGUUUAUUAUAGCAAACAUAUCCUAGUACUUUAUAAUAGUAUUUAUAAAAAAAAAUAACAGUCCACCACAAAAUCUCUGUAAUGCAAACCAUUAAUUUGUGUGGGAAGCAAUUCAAUGGCCAUUUUUUUCAUCCAAAGAGGAAAAUCAUCAUAUAGUCUGGUAAUAUUUAAGCAGUGUUGGGGAAAGAUACUUUUAAAAGUAAUGCAUUGCAAUCUUGCAUUACUACCUAAAAAAGUUACCGAUUAUAUUGGUUUUACUAAUAAAUAAGAAGCUACUAGUUAAUAGUGACAGUCUGAUUCAUAGUUCACUUUACUUGUAAUGCAUUACCCCCAACACUGUAUAAAAGCAAAACAAUAAAUAUUAAUAACAAGCCACAUAUGAAUAUAUCCAUCAUUCAUAUACAAAGCACAAACAGUGCAGGAUGAGUUAUACUAAAGCAGACAUUUAAUACUAAAGGAAAGGUGUGCAUUCACAUCUUUAACUCUACAGUAAAUACUUAACAGAUCAUUACAGUUUGCAUUCAGUAGGAAUGACUCAAAUAUUACCAUAGAUAUACUAAGUAUAUUAUGUUUUUGAUAAUGCAUUUAUGAAGAAAUAAUUAUAUUGCCUAAUAAUAUAUCCUUUGGCAGCCCCAGUAUACCUUGUUUGGUGUUUUCUGUUAUUGGUUUUGUUUUUAGACUAUAUAUUUCAAGUGUCAGGCCAUGGAUGAACAAAAUAUAUCUAUCAUUCUGAGUAAAUCAAUCAGCAGCAGCACUAUGAUCUGAUCAGGGAAUUAUUCUCUAUUCUUCACCAUUCUUCACCAGUACAUUAUUAGACAUUAACUUCAUUAUUGGUUAAUGAAUGAGCAUCAUAUUUUACUCAUCUAGAUUUGAUCCUGAAAAGCCUUUUAUUAUGCCUUCAUGCUCCACUGCCUCACAUUCCAUUCAAUCAUUUCAGCAUAAAUGCAUCAUACAUUACUGUAUAUGAGAAGCUGAAAAUCUUUAUAUAUGUGUAUAUUUAUAUAUAUAUAUAGCCAUAAGGAAGAACAAAUGUGUAAAUGGGUAAUUAACCCUUAAUUUGUUGGUAUUUAACUGAAGUCAGUAUUAGAGGUUUAGAGGCUCAUGGUCUGUUAUGGAUAUUAAAAUGCUGCUUUUUAUAACUCUAUGUAUAAACGUUAAUGUUGUGUUUACACAAUGCAUAAAAAUGCCCAUCCAGUUAUGAGCUAAAUGUUCAUUUGCAUACAUUUUGGAAUGUGGUUUGACUAUGAAAGGACUGUAAUCAAGGUCAUGAUGUCAUAUGCUAGCAGUUCAGUAUACAGUAGUGCAUAUGCUCAAAUACUUAAUAACAAUAUGCCUAAAUAUGUUUUAUCAGAUCUUUUCUUUUCUUUUUUAUAUUUCCAGCUAUUUUUUUAUUUAUAUUUUUACUUAUAUACUUCAAUCCUUUGCUCACCAAAAUAAACUUAAACAAAAAAAAAAAACAUACAUAUGCAUUCUGCUUUGUCUUUGUAUGACACGUUUGAACAUUAAUUUGAGGACAGACAGAUCAAAACAGCAACUUUUCAAUCAGUUUUUUUUUUUUAUCGUUAAAUGUAAUCACUUCUUUUCAGCUAUAUUAUUUAUAACAUUUCAUCUGUUUUUGCACUUUUUAUGCUUUGGUACUCAAUAACACUUCAGACUUUGUUUUAGCUAUUAACAGUGAAUGAUUUGGAAACUGCUUGAAUGAUGGAUGUGCAGUUCUGUUAAAUAUUGAGGUUUUAUGACAGAUCAAUCAGAGAAGAAACUGAUCUUGCUUUACUGUUUUCAAUAACUGUUUAUCUCUGCUUUGCUCAUGUGCUUUUUAUUACAUAGUUUUAUUACAUCCCAUCAUUCACGUCCCCAGUAGAAAUGUUCUGACUCAUUGCAACAAAGAAUAUUUUACCCAAAAAUGAAAAUUGUCACCAUUUGCUUUCCUUCACCAGUGGACCCAAAUGUUUCAAAUAUGUUGUUGUUUUGUUGUUGUUGUUUAAAUGUUCUUUUACAUAAAUGCAAGCUUUCUUUUCUGUGUGCACGAGUGUUGAAUUAUUUAGUGCUGUAUUGUGCAAAAUAAAUGAAAAUGUUUAAU